AUGUACUCCAGUGAUAUCGAUAUGUUAAACCUAAACGAAAAUUUGUGCAUAGAUGAAUAUUCCUUCAUUCCGUUCUUCGAACCAAUCAAAAUCAGCAACACGAAUUAUUGGCUGGCGGAUUUAAUACCGGACAUUAGCACUGCUUUUUCGGAUCAUCAAACGGACGUGGAUGAUAUUCAGCCUUCUCAAAUCGCCUCGCUCAGUAGUAAAUCAUCUAGCGGCCUCAGCAGACAAGAAUCACAAACUGUUACUGCCACCCCGAAAACACAUGUUGCUGCUGCGAAGCGGUCCCGCACCGCCUACACCAGCCUGCAGCUGGUGGAACUGGAGAAGGAAUUCCUGCACAACCGAUACCUUUGUCGCCCCCGGAGAAUUGAAAUUGCCACUAAACUUUCCCUAACGGAGCGGCAGAUAAAAAUAUGGUUUCAAAAUCGUCGGAUGAAGCAUAAAAAAGAAUCCGCCGGGGUAAAGAGUGUGCAUCGAUCAAAUGAAACGUUCAAAGGCAACGGCGGCGGUGUCGGCGGCCAGCAGCAGCAGCAGAAAGGCUACACAAAAAACUCGAAAUCCGAUUUGUUAGCUCCGGCCAGCGAAACCAGCGGACACCAAAGUAUUGUGAACAGACUGAUGGCCCACUCGACGUUCUCUCCGUGUCCUCCAACAACCGCAAAAUCCACCGAUAAGGACACUUACUGCAGUCAAAGUGAAAACAGCGGACAACGACCGAAUAAAUUAUCAAUGAAAGCACUAUCAGGUAUCAAGAAUGAGUACUCCGCCUUUGAUGCGACAUUCCAUCUGCCAGCCGGCAGUAAUCUCAGCCCCCCUCCUGGGGAGAGCAUUUUCCGAAACAACGAAACGAAACCCUCGGUUACCGUGCAGUGGGGCAGCAACGGGGGAAGCUGCAUCAAAACGGAUUCCAUCUACCAGCAGCUCGAGACGUACCUACCCUUCGAUGAUGUGGACUUUUGCGAUAGCAACUUGUUCGGAAGUUAUCCAUCGAUCGAACAAUCGGUACAGUGA